AUGCUGCAGCUGAACGACACCAUAGAGCCGGAGAGUCCCGGCGCCGCGGUGCUCCACCCGGCGCACAGCGAGGAGGGGCUGGAGGUGGCCUUCACGCCGCCGGGGGCCGGUGGCCGGAGCCUGGGGCCGGGGGCCGCCGUGGCCUGCUGCCCCCCGCUGCAGACGCUCGCGCCCUUCCACGUGCACAACCCCACGGUGCAGGCCAAAGUGAAGGACUACUUCGUGUUCAGGCCAGGUACCAUCGAGCAGGCGGUGAGCGACAUCCGGACCGUGGCGCUCCCCUCCGAGGACGGGGAGGUGCUGAGCGUGUGGCUGCUGGCAGAAGUCGAUCACUGGAACAACGAGAAGGAGAGGCUGGUGCUCAUAACCGAUAAGUCCCUGCUGGUCUGCAAGUAUGACUUCCUUAAUCUGGUGUGUCAGCAAGUUGUCAGGAUCUCCCUCAACGCGGUGGACACCAUCUCAGUGGGGGAGUUUGAGUUUCCACCCAAAUCGCUCAAUAAAAGAGAGGGCUAUGGGAUUCGUGUCCAGUGGGACAAGCGGCCCCGGGCUUCUUUCUUGAACCGCUGGAACCCCUGGUCCACGGACAUGCCCUACGCCACCUUCACAGAGCACCCCAUGGCCCACGCUGACGAAAAGGUGGCUUCUCUCUGCCAGAUGGACAACUUCCGUACCCAGCUGGUGCAGGCCGUGAAGAAGGCCCACAAGGAGAACCCCAUCCCCGGUCGGGCCAACGGCGUGCUGAUCCUGGAGAGGCCCCUGCUCAUCGAGACUUAUCUGGGCAUCAUGUCCUUCAUCAACAACGAAGCCAAGCUGGGCUACUCGAUGACGCGGGGCAAGAUCGGUUACUAA